UCUAAUCAUCUCCUGGAAGUGUGCCCUGCACUGGUUGGAAGAUAAAAAUUUAAUGUGAACUUUGACCUUUGUUUUCACCUAACUGAAGGCUUGGGUAGGUGGAGUUACAGGAAGACAAAAAGCUAAAUAAAAGAAGUCUGGACAUCCAGCCAGCAGCACACAGCAUUUCUGGACAGAAGCAUGUCUUUGGAGAGAACAAGAGCAAAACCUGGAGACCUUAUUGAAAUUUUUCGCUUCGGCUAUCAGCACUGGGCAGUCUAUGUGGGAAAGGGCUAUGUGGUGCAUCUGAGCUCACCAAGUGAAGUGUCAGGACCUAGCAUGAGCUUCUUCAGUUCCGUCCUGGGUAACAGAGCCAUAGUGAAGAAGGAGCUGCUGUCGGUGGUGGCAGGAGUAGACACAUACUGGGUCAAUAACAAGAAUGAUGACAAGUAUGAGCCACUGCCACCCAACGAAAUUGUCCAUCAGGCAGAGAAAAUGGUGGGGAAAUACAUGCUCUUUUCAUUGAUCAUCAACAACUGUGAGCACUUUGCGAACAAGCUGCACUAUGGAGUUUCCCGCAGUGACCAGGUGUGCCCUCAGCCUGUGUCCCCUUCUCACAGCUCAUAGGGGCUGGGAACCUGC